AUGGACUGGCUAGGUGGGAAGACUCGGAGAGACGGGAUAGCAGCCUAUGGCCGAACAGCCCGGGACGUGACCAUCUGGGAGACAGAACUCGUUUGGGUUGUGAACCGUGGAAACGGCGAUCCAACAGGAUGUGACUGUCUGGGAGAUGGAACUCGGAUCGAGUCGGGGGUGUUACAACCACCUUCUUGGGAUAGUCCUCCAAAACUAUCUUCCUUGAAGACAAAGAAGAAACUUCUUCCCUACCUUGAAGCAGCCGACCUGGAGACGUCUAGCCAAGCCGCAUCCUACCAAGAAGAACACCUUCUAGCCACACCAGAAGAGGAGAUUGACCCUGAGCUAAUUGAGUUCGUGAAGAGAGAUCAAUUCCAUGAUCUGUUUUCAGAAUCACUUGAAGCAGCCGACCUGGAGACGUCUAGCCAAGCCGCAUCCUACCAAGAAGAAAACCUUCUAACCACACCAGAAGAGGAGAUUGACCCUGAGCUAAUCGAGUUCGUGAAGAGAGAUCAAUUCCAUGAUCUGUUUUCAGAGUAUGCGCUGGAGCACACAGAUCACUUUGACAAUCUUUCUGGAGAGAGAGAGCGUGAAGAAGAAGAAUGGGGAGGUAUACCACCCCAUCCUGAAGUUUUGAAUGAAGAGCUAAUCAAACAUGUGGAGAGGAACCCUUUCUACAAUUCUACUUCAAAGUGUGCAAAGGAGCAUCUAUGCAACUUUGAGCAGCUUUGCCACGACUAUGGACUUGGAGAUAACCCCAAGAAGAUACAACUUUUCCAACUAUCACUAGCUGGACAAGCCAAAGAAUGGGCUAAGUUCAACGCCCAACAUGCUUUCAAGACUUGGAAUGGUUACAAAGGAGCUUUCCUCUACAGAUUUGCUAAAGGUCCCAUUUAUGUCCCACCACCACGCCCAAGCUAUUCACAACACCAUCCAUCAUCACCAGACAUAAAUAAGACACCACUUUUCCCAAGAGAGAGCUAUCAAGCCGCACGCCAAACCAAGAUUGAAGAUAUGCUUCAAGAGUACUUGAGAAAUCAAGAUGAGAGUACAAAGAAGAUGGAGAGGAGAAUCGAUUUCAUCCAUGAGAGUCUUGGAAACAAAUCUGAAGUCCUAUUCAAGCAAGUGAUCAAGCUUGAUGAAGACAUUAAGAAUUUAAGAGAGGAUCAUGAUCGAUCUCUGACCCUAGUUAAGCUUGAUGUUGCUUCCAAACAGGGCCGGCCCAUAGCUAAAGCCCGUAAAGCAAGGGCUUUAGGCGCCAAAUAA